GCUGCUGCAGAUCGCGGCGCUGAAUCCAGAGCUCCGGAACCUGGUGCCGUACGCAUGGGAUCGGCGCGUGGCGCUGCAUCCGUUCAAUUUGGAUCAGGUGUAUGCGUUGGGAGGCCAGCGGGGGCGCGGCGGCAGGGGGCGGCAGCAGCCCGAGGAGGAUGAGGAGGCGUUCAAGCCCACGGGUCGUUACGCGGGCCUGGCUGAACGGCUCCGACGCGGCAGUGGGGAGGAAGAUGACGACGACGAGGAGGAAAGCCGCGACGGCGGUGGUGGUGGCAGCGGAGCAAUCGGGGGGGUCAGGGCCGGCGGCGUCAGCAGUGCCAGUGCUGGCGGCGGCAGCGCCAAUGCACG